AUGAGCGGCCACCACGACGCCAGCAAGCCCUACCAGCCCCGCCGGGGCCCGGAGCGCCCCCCGCCGCAGCAGCCGGCGGAGGACGAGGAGGCUGCCGCGGCUGCGGCGGCGAUGGCCGAUGUCGAGGCCGCGGCGGGGGCGAUGGAGCAGUACGAGCCGCAUCUGGAGCACGGGGAGGAGGAGGAGGAGGAAGAGGAGGAGGGGGAGGAAGAGGGAGAGGAGGAGGGAGAGGAAGGGCAUGGGUACGCGUACGAUUAUGUUACCGGAGAGGCCGUCCCGAUGGACGAGGAAGGCGCUGCGGCCGCGGCGCACGCCCACCACGGGGCGGCGGGGCCGCACGGCAUGGAGGCGGGCGGCGCACCGCAAGCCCCGUCAAACACGCUCACGCUCUCUUUCCAGGGCGAGGUGUUCGUCUUCGAGUCUGUGUCCGCCGAGAAGGUGCAAGCGGUUCUCUUAUUGCUUGGAGGAAGGGAGCUCGGCCCGGGUAUGGGCGUGGGGCCGUCGUCUUCAGCAUCAUACAGUAAGAGGUUGAAUUCACAUCGGAUGGCAUCGCUGAUGAGGUUCCGCGAAAAGCGCAAGGAAAGGAACUUCGAUAAGAAGAUCCGCUAUUCUGUUAGGAAGGAAGUUGCACAUAGGAUGCAGCGCCAUAAAGGUCAGUUCACAUCAUCAAAAGCAAAGGCCGAAGAAGCCGCAGCUGCGGCUAAUUCAGAUUGGGGUGCAGUGGAAGGUCGACCUCUUUCUGCGCCUGUAUGCCAGCAUUGUGGUAUUAGUUCUAACAAUACACCUAUGAUGCGUCGAGGACCGGAUGGACCAAGGACUCUGUGCAAUGCAUGUGGACUCGCUUGGGCAAACAAGGGUAUGAUGAGAGAGGUCAAAGGUCAUACACCUUUGAAAGUUGUGCCGCCAGCAACCGAUGACGCUCAGAAUGGAGUUGCUGAAGCACCCACUGCUGAGCAGCAACAUCUCGCACUAGAAGCUGCACCAGAAGCACCAGUAGCUCCUGCUCCUGCUGCCAAUGGCCAUGAUUCAUAG